AAAGCAAUUGUUAGCCACAGCUACCAAACAGCACACGUAGUCCACGCAACCUAAACCAACAAGGGAAAAUAUAACGAAAAGAAAAUAAAUAUUAAUAUAUACAAACAUAUAUAAAUAUUUACAACACACUUUCCCAAGAAACUAAAAAAGUUUGAACAAUGAAUUCGCAAGUUUUGUCGAUCUGCUGCUGCCUGGCGCUUGUCGCCUGCAUAGCUGCCAAUUCGGUGUCCACCAACGAGACUGAUUGCCCACAAAUGUGCCCCGCCAUCUACCAGCCGGUGUGCGGAACGGAUGGCUUCAAUAUGAAGGAGUUCGCCAGCUUUUGCAAUCUGCAGGCCAGCAACUGUCGCCGUGCACGCAAUGCCCAGACGACCUACGCUGCUACUGACAUGGCCUGGUGCACCUCCAAGGAGGUCGAGAAUCUUGACAAGCAACUGAAUGUUAAGCUGGAUGUUGCAGGCUGCCUCAAGCCCUGUCCCAUGAUUUACAAGCCCCUGUGCGUGUCCAAUGGCGAGUACCGCGGUCUCGUGCCCAACGACUGCUCCUUAGAAAUCUUCAACUGCGCUCUCAUGGCUACCGGCGUCAGUCCCGCAAAGCUUCUGCACGUUCUGCAAUCAGAGACUUGUUAACUUUGAAAAUUAAACAGGAAUAAAAAUCCUCUACUCAAUUGACUCUUAAUGAAAAAUA